UUAAACGGCGAGCCAAAGCACAAGGAGGUAUACCUCCUUUACGGCAUGGGCGGUGACCUCCUCUGGGUCGCCGAUCAGGGCGAGUUGACAAUCGAACGCGCCCCGCCCUUCCCGCGUGAGGCCCUCGCACACCUCCUGGACGCGACAAUGGUACCACCGACGUCUGGCAGAGCGCUGCAGCCUGGGACCGAUCGGUUCAGCGACGAGCAUCGUCGCAUCAGGCUCUUCCGCUGCUGGUGGCACACCGGAGAGUUCCUCGACUACGUCCUCCGAGUCGGCGAGCCCGUCUCCGCGACGCUCCGGGCACUGUCCUACGCCGAGCGCACUGCGGCCCUAGCCGAGCGGCUCCGCCCCGCGCUGCUGCAGGCGCAGAUCGACGCGUCAUUCCCGCCGACGUUUCUGACGCAUGGCGAUAAGGAUGCCACGGUGCCCUUGUCUGAGUCGCAGAAGACGUACGAUCGAUUGCGCGAGCUGGGGGUGAAGGCUGAGCUGGAGAUCGUUCCCGGAGGGAAGCAUGCUCUGAUGGCGAAGACGUGGCCCCUUGAGUUCUGCGCCGGGGCGGAUGAGGCGCAUGAGAGGGGUUUGCAGUUCCUGGCGAGAUAA